AUGGGCAGAACUUGGAUAGUCUUCGACCCCGUCAAAAAGAAAGAACACAAUUGGCUCGAACAACUAGGUCCAGCACCAGAUGCCCAUGCUGUAAUAAGCACGGGAUUGAAACGUUCUUGGGAUUUUGCAACAAGGGCUACUACCUGGGAGGAGUGGAAGGAAAUAGAGAAUCGUCAAGCCAAGGGAAAGAGGCGAAAACGAUUGCCAUGUGUGCAAACCCAAAAUCCGCAUGGCUUCUCACGGAAUCCUAUGCGACCACUCCUACCAGACCAUAUACGCGCUCUCGUCAAUACCUUUUGCGACCCAAGUAUCAGAGAGCCCAUGCUCAACAACCCGGACUUGUACAAAGACUUGAGACUCUAUGUACGCUUUGGAGAGGUCUCACCCCCAGGCGAAGCCAAGAGUACAGAGCUGAGCCGGCCUGUCUACUUCGACCAACUUCUCAAAGGCAUACGUUCCGAAAUGAGGACGAGAGCCAUACAAAUGGGAGUCGCGCUUGCAAUUAUCCAUUGCAAUUGUAAAUACGAUGCAGCUGGUGUCAAGUUCCAGCUUGCCCUCCAUCCCAAAAAACGAAAGGUGAUGUUGUGGCCGACCAACUUUGAACACUGCAAGACCUUUAAGAGCAGCUCAGAGAACAUUGAUCUCAAGUUGGCACUGGCUAUUGCAAAGAACCCCACGUGGCCGAGGCCGCCCGGCAUGUUUGGGUUUCUGAAGAGGGACAGUCGACUGGCGCCAGAAGCUCGGGAAACGUGGUAUGUUUUCAGGGAUGCCUACGUGUCUGCAUGUUACAAGCUGAAGAAACCCAAGUUUUCUCCAAUUGAAGUAAUGGAUCGUGUAUUUGGGAUUUACAACCCCAAUAGCACAUGCUACGAUAACCUGCCUGUCGAAGAGAGGGUAAGUCAAAUUGUGCCCCGACUUUGGACUUGGAUGAACGAUUUGGAGGUUUACAAAUAG